AUGGAAAUGUUGAUAGGGGAAGACGUCUACAUUUGGUGUCAAAGAAAAGGGGUGAACCCUAACAGACGUAUAGGGGUGGGAGGAGACUUCUCGAAUGUCACUGCUGAAGUUGUAUUAAGGACAGUGGCCACUCUAUACAGGGUAAUUGGGCCCAGGAUAGUGGAUAAACGAGAUGGGGAACUAGGAGAAAAGGUUGCCAUGCUAGUUGAGACUGAAAGAGAGUUAGACAUCAACUUGAUCCCACUUAUGAUAAUGGCUGAUGAAGAGACUGGGAGAAGAUGGUCUAUCAUUGGACCAAGGGCUAGAGAUGAUGGGGAUCCUAUGUCAGGGGAAUUACCAUUGAAUGUGUCUGAGAGAGGUGACGUUGGGAGGGAGAGCAGUACUCCUGCCCAGGUAGAUGGAGGACAAUUUGAGACUAUGGAAGACCGAAUAGUAUCGCAGCUGGAACGAUGGCACUAUGAGGGGAGCUACCGAAGACUGAGAAUAUUUUCUGGCAUCGUACCAGUACCUACAGGAGAAGAGGCAUAUGAAGCCUGGAAGGAAGCCACCAUCCAACAAGCUGAGGAGUGGCAGUGUCCAGACAAAAUAAAGCGGCAACGGGUAGUGGAGAGUUUGCUGGGCCCUGCUAUGGGAAUAGUGCAGGCGGCCAGACGAAGUAACCCCAACGCCACUCUAGAGACUUACUUAGAAGCAUUAGACUAUGCAUACGGCACAUUAGAGGACGUAGGUGUUCUUAUGUCCUGA